CCGCACGCCACCAUAAUGGCCACGCCGAGAUGGACCGCCGAGUGGCGGACCGACGUCCGCGCCCUGGUCGGUCGCCUGGAUGCGACGAGCGCCGACGUCGAUGAGCUCCUCGUGGACCACUACAUCCGCAGCCUCCAUGCCCACAGCUACCUGGACGUGAACCCGAGCCAGGUCAAGCAGCGUGCGUGGGGUCUCAUUGAGACGCUGCAGUUCCACCACCGCGACCGCCAUGCCGAGCGGCUCGCCGACGUACUCUUUGGCUCGAAUGACGCCAAGAUGGGGCUGCAGAUCUCGCCCGAGAUCACGGCGAUGCUCUUGCACCUCGCGACCGCCCCCACCGCGCUCACCGAGGCCGACCUCGAUGACAUUGAAGCGAUUCGCGUCGGCGGUGCGUCCCGGCGGACGAUGGCCGACCAAGCGCGCGCUCGCGCCAAAGAAGCCACGCGCGCGCUCGUCGAGGAUCUCAAGCAGCUGACGUUGGACGACGACUGGUUCCAGCACAAUGACAGCGACGACGACGAGAGUGCGUGGUCCGACGACGAUACGCCAUCGUCAGCGCCGACGCAGCCCGCACGGAUCAAGCGCCUCCACCUGCCCGUCGCGCCGCCACCUCCGAACGAUGCGUCACGCGCCCGAGCAACGAACGAGGUCCCAGAGCUCUCGCCAUCGGACGCGCCCGGGCCGGUGGCCGCGCCCGAGACCUACGGCGUCCACAAACCCUGGCUCUUUUACACACAAUACUGCGAGACGCUGCGUGAGCUCCAACUCCCCGCGCUUGUUCAAACGGUCGUUUCCGAGGCCGACCUAGUCGCCGACGCGAUCGCCGCACUCCUCGGUGUCCCGUCCACGACGUAUUCGCUCUCGUCGACGCUGCCGUCGACGUGUCCUUACAUUGCCCGCCACGGCUUCUGGGCUUCUAUGCAGCUCGUGCAGUUUGAGCUCAGCGCCGUCGGUCGGACGCUCGCGGUCUCGCACCUGUCACCAGGCAGCUUGCACAAUCUGCUGCUCCGGUUCGCGUCGGCCGCGUCGUCCGUGGGCUUUCUUGACGGCCUUGGGAGGCAUUUGACGCGUCUCGAUGGCUGCUCGACGCUGCAAGGCUUUGGCCAUGCACUGCAGCAGUGGGUGCGCACGUUUCGCCGCGCGCUCGUCCUCUUUCAAGCAGAUACCACGUCGCCGACCUUGCUGGCGACGCUGGCCGCCCAUGAGACGUCGCUAGAAGAGCUCCGCUGGCUCUUCGAGUGGACAACGACGCUGCUGACCGAGCCGUUGGGGCAAGCGUCGCCGCGGUUACCGGAUGUCGCGGCCUCGCUUCUCCGUGGGCUCGCGCGGCUCCUCGAACAGUACUCGGUACUUAGCCUCCCACGCCCGUAUACACUACUUCUAACCGUGUUCGAGUCGACGCUCCAACCGUACUUGAGUGCGCUCUACGACUACGUCCGCGGUCUCCCGUUGCCCGCCGACGUGGAGCUAGCAUCGACGACCAUGUCGGCGUUCGAGACCAUUUUGCUCGCGUCGAUCGGCGCUACACCGACAACCGACGUCGCAGCGCCCGAUUUUCUGACGUCGGUCGUCGGGCUGUUGAUCGAAACGCAUGCGUACGCCCGCCUCUCGAGCACACUGCACGUCCCGCCCCCGUCGCUGCCGCCGCCGAUGGUGCUAGCGACAAGCGCGACGGGCCCGCCGACGCAAGCGCAGGCGCCGGGGCAGUCGACGCUCGGUGACGCGCUAUUGCAUCAUAUGGCCGCCGACAUCCCCAGCAGCUUCUUGCCUCGUCAGCCGCCGGUCGACGCACGCAACGAGCCUUGGCAAGCGCCGCUCGCACCGUCGCUCCCGCCCAUUUGCUUUGAAUCGAUCUUGAACGAGCGCAUCGUGCAACCGCUGCACCGCCAUUGCUUGAACCUCGGACAUUCGUUUGCGCGGCAGUUUGUCUCCGAGUACAACAUUAUCGCGCACCUCGACACGUUGCGCUGGUUUGUGCUGCAGCAACAGGCCGACGCUUCGAUCCACUUGACGUCGCGCCUGUUCCAGCAUAUCUUUUCCAACGUCCACCGGUCGCGCUGGCUCGAGCCAUAUACGCUCAACCUGCUGCUACAAGAGACGUUUCUCCAUGCCCCCGACAAUUAUCGCUUUGACGGGUGCCUCGACGAGCUCUCGCUGCAGGUCAUCCCCACCACCGACGUCAGCGUCGUACCGUCCAUCACUUGGCUCGAGCAAAUGGAGUUUUGCUACGCACCUCCGUCCCCUUUGCACCUGAUCUUCCAAGAAGAGACGAUGCGAAAGUACUCGGCGCUCGGGGUCUUCCUCCUGCAGCUCCAAGGUGUCGAGCGCUACGUCGUCCAGUUCAAGCACCAACUGCGACACCGUGUGGGCUACUUCAUGGCCAAGCAAGAGCUGCACGUACACGUUUUGCGCCUGGCCGAGAUGCUGCAUUUCGUGGAGAGCAUCCACGGGUAUGCAGCCCGCGCGACGUCGGAAGAGCACUGGGAAGUUGUCAAAGCCGCCGUAACGAGUGCUAGCCGCGUCUCUGAAAUGAGCGACGCGAUCGAAAACUGCUUGCAGCGCAUGCUCGAGCGCUGCUUCCUCGGCAAGAACCAGCGUUCGAUCCACAAGUACAUUGUGCAGUUGCUCCAUCAUGCGGUCAACUACGUUGUCCACUUUGACGAGUGCCUGCGGGACCUCGAGCGGUCGUCCGAUGCAUCGGCCAUGGACGUCUUGACGGCGCUCGCGGCCAAGUUUUUGCUGGGCCAUCACUAUUUGCUGUUGAUUCUGCGGACCAUGUUCAAGACGGGGUCGGCGCCCCACUUGCACCAUCUCAUGCUCGACCUCAACUUCAACGACCACUACGCCGAAGACGACGAGACGAGUACAUAGAUAGAUGACCUUAUUGUGUUGUUGGACAGCGUUUCUCGGUCGUGACACAGCUACAAGUCGGUCGUUUAGUCGAUUGUUGCUCGACCGAUAGUCGGUAGUUAGUCGGCAGUUAGUCGGUAGUUAGUCAAUCGUUAGUUGAUCGAUUGUCGGUCGCUAGUCGGUCGUUAGUAGGUCACAAGGAAAUCGCGAGGUAAGCUUAGUCAUUUGAUUUCGCA